AUAAUGUUGGUAGUUGUCCAACUUGACUUGCGAUUGUGAUUGUGAACUGUUAAAACGAAAUUGAUAAGUUUGUUUUGUCUAAAAAAUAUGGUCGUAAAUUUAUAAAUUUUGCAUAACAAUGAGAUAAACCAUAGAACACAUAUACGUACAUUUGCAACAAAUAAAGUGAAUGUAGCACAAACGCAAUGGAUGUGGUGUGGGUUAUGUUGUGAAAAUGAGAAGUGUUACGUUCGGAUCAUUGGAUGUCACACGCGAUAUAAAUCUUCGAAGGGGUCUAAACGAAGAACCGUAACAUUUUUGGCCGUGGAUACGUUACAUGCACGCAGCGGGAAUGACAAUAAUGGCAGUUUCUGUUGGCGAAAUUUGCGAGAACACUAAGUUGGCCAGGGAGAUGGCUCUGAUGGGCAAUUACGAAUCGGCGCUGGUGUACUACGAGGGCACGAUACAGAUGAUCCACAGGCUGUUGAUCACUAUUGCGGACCCGACGCGCAAGUCCAAGUGGCAGUUGGUACAAAAGCAGAUGGCCCGCGAGUAUGAGCAGCUGAAGGCGACGGUGGCGACGUUGCAGAUGUUCCAGCACGAGGGCGACAAGGCCAUCACGCCGCUCACCGGCAAUUACGAGGACCUGCCAACGCGAGACAUGUGGGGGCCGGCCCCACACGAGAUCGAUCCGGACAUAUGGCCCCCGCCGCCGGACAGAGAUCCGAACGCGUGGCCGCCGCCCACAAACGUUGAACACAAAGGUCCCCCAGCGAUGAAAUCAGCUCGCAACAAUCCUCGCAACGCCAGAACAGACAACAAAAGGACGACCCCGGCGCAACGGAACGCAACCACCUCGCAAAGGAAGACUUCGGACGUUAGGAACCCUAAGUUAGCGGCCAAUAAGGCGCAUAGUGCAAAAACAAAAGACACGAGCAACAAGGAGCACAGCAACGCUGGCGGCAAGGAGAAGCAGGACCGCGACAACAACAACGGCGACACGGACGACGAGAAACACAAAGAGGAGGAGAGAAGGUUCGAACCGCCCUCCGCGGCCGACGGAGAUCUUGUCGACAUGCUCGAAAGAGAUAUAGUACAAAAGAAUCCUAAUAUUAGAUGGGAUGAUAUAGCGGACUUAGCGGAAGCGAAGCGGCUCCUCGAGGAGGCGGUGGUGCUGCCCAUGUGGAUGCCCGACUUCUUCAAAGGCAUUCGCCGUCCAUGGAAGGGUGUGCUGAUGGUGGGUCCUCCCGGCACGGGAAAGACGAUGCUAGCGAAGGCGGUGGCCACCGAGUGCGGCACCACAUUCUUCAACGUGUCCUCGUCGACCCUCACCAGCAAGUACCGCGGCGAGUCGGAGAAACUUGUGCGGUUGCUGUUUGAAAUGGCCCGUUUCUACGCGCCGAGCACGAUCUUCAUCGACGAGAUCGACUCGCUGUGCUCGCGCCGCGGCUCCGACAGCGAGCACGAGGCCUCGCGCCGCGUCAAGUCCGAGCUGCUCGUGCAGAUGGACGGGCUCGGCUCCGCCACCGACGAACCCGCUAAGGUAGUAAUGGUCUUAGCGGCGACUAACUUCCCUUGGGACAUCGACGAGGCGCUGCGACGCAGGCUCGAGAAGCGGAUCUACAUCCCGCUGCCCACGCAGGAGGGACGCGAGGCGCUCCUGCACAUCAACCUGCGGGAGGUGAAGGUGGACCCCGAGGUCGACCUGCGGGCCAUCGCCAAGAAACUUGACGGGUACUCCGGCGCUGAUAUUACAAAUGUUUGCAGGGACGCAUCAAUGAUGUCAAUGAGACGGAAAAUCGCUGGUCUGAAGCCAGAACAAAUCAAACAACUUGCCAAGGAGGAGCUCGACCUGCCCGUCACCAAGCAGGACUUCAUGGAGGCGCUCGCCAAGUGCAACAAGUCCGUCUCCAAGGGCGACAUACAGAAGUAUCUCUCGUGGAUGGCAGAAUUCGGCUCCUCCUGAUUGGAAAUAUAACCCACAUUGUGUAGUGUUUAAAAAACUUAACAACGAUAAAUAUAGAUAAAUAUUCACUAAUAACACAACGGAAGCAUCUGUGAUUUCUUUUUAAAAUACAAUCUAGACAAAUGUGUAUUUUAAUAAGGAGUUGUUACGUGUUCGAUAUGUGAAAACAAUUGCCUUAUGAACUCAGUAUAUUUAAGUUAACGAAGCAACAUUUGGACUGUUUCAGUAUUAUGUGUAUAAAUUAUGGGCACGUUCGAGUUUGUUCAUAAUCAAGUGAGAAUAUAUUGGUGACAUACGAUCGGAUCAUUCCUGUGCGGAAAUAAAAGUGUAAAUAUGCUUUUUGAACUGUUAGUAUUUUAUCUAAAAUUUUUCUAAUGCGUAUGACUCUGCCAUUUAAUAGUUUGAAGCACAAUAAACGAUUAUGUAUAUAAGAAGCAAGGUAGAUACGAAUGCAUAGUACGAACAUAACAAUCGCCAGAUCUGUCAUCACAUUGUUGGAAAUUUAUUAAAAAUACCAUGAGCAUUGUACUUAAUUGGUUUAAAUUUGAGAUUUAUACUUAGUUAUAAUUUUAUGCCAUAAUUAAUUUAUAUUGUACUUUUUAUAGAUUUUUUAUUUCAAAACUAUGUUACUGUAGGAGAUGAAUUUUAUAUUUAUAUUUAGUGAUUCGCUCAAUUAAAUUAGAGGAAAUAUUCGUUGGAAGUUCGCCCGGCCGCCGAGGUAGGAUACAUUUUUAUUAAUGACUUUAACCACCUGAGUAUGCGUACCUAAACCUAACAACUAAUGCCUGCUCGACAAAUAAAUAGUAAGUAUGUAUAGAAAAUGUGUUCAUAUAACGUUGACAGAAAA